CGGCUGCUGCUCCCGCCGCCGCCCCCUCCCCCGUGGCCGGCCCGAGUCAGUGCCUGAGUAGCUCGGCAGAGCGGCUGCCGCGGGACGGACCCCGCUGCUCCUGAGCGCCCGGAGCCCGCUGCCUGACCCUUGCCCCGGCUGCGCCGGGCCCGCCGCGCCACCGGGCUAGCGCGACAAGCGGGGACCCUAUCGCCCGUGUGCGGCUGCGGCGGCUCCCGCAGGGGACGCGGGGCGGCCGGGGGGUCCGGCUCGGAUGGCGGAGGGGACCCAGGCCCAGCAGCAGCAGCAGCUUCUCCCCGGCGGCGGAGCCCCCCGGGGCGUGAAGCGGGAGCCGGAGCUGGAGCAGCCCAUGCCCGGAGGGGACGGCGCCGAGACCGGCCUCAGCAAGCGGCUGAGGACAGAGGCGGAGGCGGGCGGCGGCGGCGGCAUGCAGAAUGAGCCUCUGACCUCAGGUUAUCAUGGAUACCCUGCGAGGGAUAAUCAAGGUAACCAGGAGCCAACAGCCACUCCUGAUGCAAUGGUCCAGCCAUUCACCACAAUCCCGUUCCCACCACCCCCACAGAAUGGGAUCCCCACAGAGUAUGGGGUGCCACACACUCAGGACUAUGCAGGCCAGACCAGCGAGCACAAUCUGACACUCUACGGAAGUACGCAGGCGCAUGGAGAGCAGAGCACGAAUACGCCCAGCACGCAGAAUGGAUCUCUUACGCAAACAGAAGGAGGGGCACAGACAGAUGGACAGCAGUCACAGACACAAAGCAGUGAGAAUACUGAGAGCAAGUCCACUCCAAAGCGGCUUCAUGUCUCUAACAUUCCCUUCCGUUUCCGGGAUCCAGACCUCCGACAGAUGUUUGGGCAGUUCGGCAAAAUCCUUGAUGUAGAGAUAAUCUUUAAUGAACGUGGCUCCAAGGGAUUCGGGUUCGUAACUUUCGAGAAUAGUGCUGAUGCAGACAGGGCCAGGGAGAAAUUACACGGCACCGUGGUAGAGGGCCGUAAAAUCGAGGUGAAUAAUGCAACAGCGCGAGUGAUGACCAAUAAGAAGAUGGUCACGCCAUAUGCAAAUGGUUGGAAAUUGAGCCCUGUGGUUGGAGCAGUGUACGGUCCCGAGUUAUACGCAGCAUCCAGCUUUCAAGCAGAUGUCUCGCUGGGCAAUGACGCCGCAGUGCCCCUGUCAGGAAGGGGGGGUAUUAACACUUACAUUCCUUUAAUCAUUCCAGGCUUCCCCUACCCAACUGCAGCCACCACAGCAGCUGCGUUCCGGGGAGCACACCUGAGGGGCCGAGGACGAACAGUAUACGGUGCAGUCCGAGCAGUACCCCCCACGGCCAUCCCUGCCUACCCAGGAAUAGUCUUACAGGAACCAAUCAUUAGCGCUAAAAUACCUCAGGGUGGAUAUGCCGCCUACAGAUAUGCACAGCCUGCUACUGCAACAGCAGCCACGGCCGCUGCGGCCGCUGCAGCAGCUUACAGCGAUGGGUAUGGCAGGGUGUACACAGCAGACCCUUAUCACGCCCUUGCCCCUGCCGCUAGCUACGGAGUUGGCGCUGUGGCGAGUUUAUACCGAGGUGGCUACAGCCGAUUCGCCCCCUACUGAAGUGACGUGAGCCCCUGCAAGUGGGACAGCCCCCCCAGUUCAUGAGGCCUGGCUAUUGCAAUAUUUACUAGUAGAGGAACUCUAUAGCAAGAUGAGGAGGAAAAACAAAAAAAGAAAAGAGAAAAUACUUUUUUAUACCUCACUAUGUUCUUUGAAUAUGUAUUUUUCCUUUAAAUUUCUGCCUUUAAUUCUUUUGUUCCAAAGAUUGUGCUUUUUUUGUUUGUUUUUUGUUUUUUAACUGUGGUAAAAAAUAAUGCAUUUCCGUGUCUGUAUGUUGGUGCAUAGCUUAUCCUACCAAUCACGGAAGAGGCAAUUAAUGAUAAGGAAAGAUGUUAGGAACCAAUAUCAUGCAAUUAAUCGUGGACAAAGUUACUUACCUGGGUCUGGUGCUUGGCACCUGUGAGAUAGGAGGAUGUGAGGGAGAGCCUCUUCCUGCUGUGUUUCUGCCCUUUGGAGGGACGCAUUGAUUGGCUGUGGCUGGAACCCACAUGCUGGUGAGAAGUAGUUGUUUGUAUUUGAAAAGAAGGGAGAUGCAGAGACUUCCAGCAUUUUAUCACCAUCUGGCAUGCACACACUUGGAACAGUUUCAGGGGUGUCAGGACUGUAUAGUUGGCAAGAGAAGAUUCCCCAAACUUGCCCAAAGACUUGGGCGAUUAACUGCAGUAGGGGACAAGACUUUGAAAUGAAUUCUUGAUAUCUCUCCCCCCACACACACCUUGAUUGUUGUCCACUACUGGACUGUAAUUGUCUGUCCUUCCUCUGCUUUCUAAGGUCUUUCUCCUUUACUGCCCCUCUUUUUCCCUUCUUGAGGAUUGGUUGGUGUGAUGCUGCAAACGUGGGCCAGUAAGGACAGAGCUUGAGGCAAUGGUUGAGAGUGCUUGUGUCUCGGACAUCAAGGAGUGGUUAGAUUUACCGAGCAUUUGCAGCUUUAUGGGGAAGGAAGCUGGCUGAAGAACCCUGCAUCGGUGCCACACUGAGCUGCUCUGAGGUUCAGCAUUCAAGGUCCCUCUCCCUAUUCACCAUGAGCCACUUAGGCAUUGCUGCAAAUAAAUCAUUAAAGUAGUGUGAAGACAAAAAAUGAGUCAUGGAGCAGCUGCAGAGGGACAGAGGAGUGUGUGUGAGGGGAAGAGAGUGUGUUUUAUUUCAGAACGCUGUUCCUGAAGUGAUUUUGGAUAGCUCAGAUGUCUGGAGGUAGGCAGAAGCCGUUUGUACAAGCUCUGAAGUCAUAGGAACCUCCCAUCUGCUAGAUCUAUUUGAGGCCCUUAAAUAUUUAAUCUAGAGCCCCAGUGGCCAUUUGCCCAGCCUCUCAGUAUCCUGCAAAGAGCACCUGGACUGCUCAGUCCACAUUUACACUACAGACUAUUUAGAAGGGCUCCAUGGCUCCCAAGGCCAUCUUCCUUCUGCUCUUUUAACUGGAGUGAUUCUUCUAUUUUAAAAAGCAGGCAUUUUAUAGGUUUCUGCAAGGAGUCGCACUGUGGCAGGGAGUCGUUGCUGUCAACAUCUGAGCUUGAUUUUAGAACUCAGAGGAAUAGUCUCCCCUCCAGUUGUUAGUUUUUGCUAUGCUCCCAGCAACUCUUGCAAUCAAAGGCAGAUUCUCUGAAGCUUUAUCUAACUCUAGACACUAGAGAAACAGAGAGAGAAGCACAAUUCCAUUUGGCUCUCUUGUCUAGCUGAACUGGUACGGGGGUGACUUUUCACUCCCAGAAGGGCUGUGUGGGGUGUGGAUUUGUAGCUAGAGCCUUUCAACUCCUGCCACCAUACACUUGCUUCUCUGUCAACAGUUGAUAUCAGAAUAGGAAAGCAGAUGCGCUGAACUUUAAGCAUUGUAAGUGGGCAGGGCUGUCUGGGAGGUGCACUGACCCACCAUGCACAACACACAUCUUUGCUCUUCCCCUCAGCAAACGUCCUCCCUGUGCCUGGCAGGGAGGAGUUGCCUGAAAUGGGAAGGAUUGGGGAGACAUUAGUUAAGCUAGAGACCCUAAGGCUAUUGAUUCUAUGGAGGAAUAGCUAGAACAAGGGGACACCAAACUGCCAGCCUGUUGGCCACUUUUUUCGUUGUUUUUUUUUCUCCCCCAAGCCAAAGUUUGGUUUGUUGCAGUUAUGACAAUUUUUGUUGUUUGUAUAUAAAUAUUUUAGUUAGAUUGAAAACGGGGUGGGGGAGUGGGGUGUUGGGCUUUCACAAAAUCAAGGAAAUGAGGGGACGGUGGGAUUUUUGGCUUUUACUGGUUGAGUGGGAAAUUUUUUUUUCCAGUAGAACUUCUAGUGUCAUAUUGAAGGGAAGCCAAUUUCCAUCAUGUGGCAGAUGGGAGUGGGAGACUCCUUUCUGGAGCUGAGACGCAGCAAAAGCCUCAAAUGGAGUUCAUCAUAGCCACACCUAGGGUGGUGGGGGGAGUGAAAACAGGAUGUCUCUUCCCUUACUCUCAGGAAGGAGAAAUUGCUGAUGCUGUAGGGCCACAGAAUGGGAGAGGGUGAGGGGCCACAGCUUGCUUAGCGCUGUAGUGGGAGGAGCUUGAGCUUCGGCCGCUUUCAUGUGUCUCAGUUCAGCUGGUUCUGACUGUAGCUUCUGAAAGGUCAAGCUCCACUUUCUCAAGAGCCCUCCUGCACCAUGGCAGCGCAGCGUGUGGUUGGUUGCCCCCUUGCUUCUCCAUCUGUAGGGAAGGCUGAACACAUUUCUGCUGUUAAGUAGGGUCUGUGCUCGACAGAUAUAACCCCGCUUAGUGCUGAGAAUCUGGGUUCUUGUCACGUAAGUGCCUGGGUUUAGCAGGGGGUGGGUCACCUAAUGCUUUAGCACCUACUGUCACCAACUUCUGAUCCACAAAGGCCAGUCCCCUAAUGCAUCAGUGGGGGCUGCCCUGAUCUAUUAAUCUCUGUUCUAGGCCCCUCAGUGUAUUAGCACCUGGGUUUCCCUAAUUCCUACUCCAUGGUGACCGGGCUGGGGGGAAGCUAAGCCCUUUGUCCUGCUGACUACAGGAGUUGGUUCUAUAAUUUUAGACAUUUACCAUCCAUACAGUCCAGGUGAUGCUUUCCAAAACCAAGACCUCCCAGACAGCUUUUACCACAGCUGGAUUUUUGCAGCAUGGUUGCUCCUAUGAAUUCUGUGCCAUGGCAAGCAAGAGCCUUUCAUCCCUCCCUCCAUCCCUCUUGGCAAACACAAUGACUCUGAUUCCACAGAUGACAUUUAAUGAAUUGGCUCAUGAUACGAAGGACCUAUUUCCAUUCAGAUUAGCCAAGCCUUGGCUGGUUUGAAGUAUCCAUUGUUCCAAAGAUUGAGGAAGGCCCAUAUCUCCCUAUGCAGAAUUAAUUAUACUCAGGCUUUUUACAGGGAUGAGGGGAAUGGGGGUACAAAAGUGGAGCAGGCUUUUGUCACUGAGAACAUCUAGUACUUUUGUCCUGUAAUGAUCAGUGUUCAAGAGUUUCUGUCACACAGGACUUGGCUCAGGUCCUUCACCACUUAGGUCUGGUCUGCCCCCCAGUGUUUGUACCAGUAUAACUAGUUUGGUUAGAGGGGUGAUUUUAAUGAUAUUGUUAUACUGGUACAAUCCAAAUGUGGGUGCUGUUAUACUGGUAUAAAGGUGCAUUAUACCAGUAUAGCUUUUUCCCCUUUCCACAUGGGAAUAAGCUAUAUCAGUAUAAGGCACAUAUGUAUAUUUGUGUCCACACUAGAGGUGUUGUGUGACUUUAACUACACUGGCGUAGGUAAAGCAGUACAACUUUUGUGUGUAGACAAGCCCUUAGUUACCCAUUUCUUAUAACCAGCCAUUCAUAGGGCAGGCAGUCAUGGAGGUCCUGUCUACAGUAGAGUUCAACCAUGUUAGCCAAAGCCAUGCUUUUAAAUUAUAUUCUUGCUUAGACAGCCCACUGCUAUGGGGACAGUAGUGUGGUCCAGUGGGAUAGAGCACUAGGCUGGGAGUGGAAGACCUGGGUUCUAGACUAGGUUCUACCAAUGAUCCUGCCAUGUGACCUUGGGCAGGCCUGUUCAUCUCCCUGUGCAUCAGUUUUCCCCAUCCACAAAGCAGGGAUUGUGAUACUUUAUCCUCCUUUUGUGAAGCCCUUUGACACCCAUGGAUGAAAAGUUCUAUAUGAGAUCUAAGUAAUGUCUCAAAUCCCAGUAUAGGUAGGGCCUAACUGGUAUAAAAUGGUUUAUAAAACAAUUUCAUAGCCUAGCAGCUUGCUGGUGAGAAUCAUUCUUAACUGAGGUCCUGGCUGUUGUGGUUUUUUGAGCUCUGCUAUGUGGGCACCUUGGGGGCUUUGCAAAUCUUCAUAUAUCCCCCUUCUACCCCAAUCCCCAAGGAAAAGACAAGUAGAGAAUAGGUGUGGGGAGCACUUAGGAAUUCAAGAAGGGAAAGAAAUAUUGGCUCUGGGGAACUCUUCUUUUGCUGAGUCCAGCUCCAAAGGGAAACCACACAAGCAGCUUGGAGAAUAACUUGCUGCUUGCGCCCCUCUAGUAUGGUCACGUCUAAGGAGUCCAUGCCUUGGCGGAGGGGGAAGUGGUUUUUAAAGAGUGUGUUACUUGUUUGCACUGUUUUAAAAUAGGAGAAAAAAACAAACUAGUGAACAAGGUGAACAUCCAAUGUAAACUUCGGUGUGUUUUUAUUUUGUCAUGCUCUUGAAAAUGUCAAACAUUUUGUAGUAUACACGAGUGAGACUUGAUUCUUUGUUGCAUAAAACACUAUUUUUUGGUGAUGUUACUGUCUGAAAAGCUCCUCCCUCCUUGCCCCCACCCUACUGAUCUCCCCACCCCAAUUUAUUUUAUUCUAUAAUGAAAUCACCAGUCGACAAGGCAUGCAGGAAUGUAAUAGCCAGAGUGUGAAAUGGGGUCCUUUCCAAGUAGGCUUUGGGUGUCCUCCAGGGUGGAGUCCUUCCUGUAGCUUGCAGUAUGCAAUAUAACACCCCUCCCAGAACACACACCGGUUACAAAGCAAAUUGAACUAAGACGUCCAAUGCCAGAAUCGGUUGCCACCACUAACAGUGGAGGGGGACAUUCCAGAAGUGGUGUAACCACUUGCAGUUGUUGUCCUACCCAUGUUUCUGGCAGCAACCAGUGAAAGCUUACACAGGAAGAUGACAAAUACGGUCAGUGCCAGUGCAGCCAGUCGGCAAAGAUUGGUAGCAGAGUAAGAAUACAUCAGCCAAAACCUUGCCUUUAAGGAAAUUGAUGAUGUAUAAAGCCGUCCACCUGAGUAUUCAUUUGGCUGGCAAUCUGCAAAGUGCCAGUGAUCUAAGGAUUGAUUCUAAAGCUGGUCAAUAAGUCUCUCUUUUGCCAGAUAUUUUUUUGGGGGUGGGUGGGAGGGAGGGGUCUGUUUGUUGCUUCCCUGAGGAGUGAUCUUGUUACGGGAAUCUGGCCUCCCACAUAAAUAAUCUCAGCUUCAGUCACUUUCUUCUGUUUUUCUCUUGACAGUAUUUUUUGUGUGCGCGCGUGUUGUAGUUUUGGCAGCUCAGUUUGGCUGCGUUCUCAAGUGACGAAGUAAUCCUCUUUUACCCCAGGGGAUAUGAUUUGUUUUUCUUUUUAUGUUAUCAAUUCUGCUUGUAAAUAGCUGGAGCAAAAAAAAAAACCUGGGGCCGAUAGCAAACGAGAACCAGGGCUGUAGAGCGAUAUGGAGCUGGUGGAGAGUUUACUGACCUCACGGGCUGAUCUGCCUGAGACUUGGAGCUUUUCAAUGCAAGGCUAAAAUUCCACGGAACCUCCAGUGGCAAUGACUGACUUUGCCCCUUCAUGCGGUCUCCCCACCACCUUUCCAUUGCCAGGUACCCUUGGGGCAUAGGAUGCAUCAAAAUUAGAUGCUUUCCUCUCCCCUGGAUCAUUUCCUAGGACGCCCAAGCUGCUUGUUCAGGGUCCCAUUUCUCUGCUGACUCUGGAGAAGCAGUACCUGCAUCCCAGGGCUUUGUGACCGUCUCUAACUUCCUUCCCCCUCUCAUUAAGUAUCAUAUUGUAUAGUAGCUUUCAGACCAUACAGUAUUCAUUGGGUUACUCCUAUUAUUAUCAAGUAGCUGGAAUUGUGAAGGUCGGAGUAGUUAGAUCUUUAGCUUUUAUUCCUUUUUUUGUAUUACUAUCCAUGUGUAUAAAUUAUUGAUCAUGUUGCUGGCUUUUAUAAACUCUAAGCAAGGGAGGAGCCCUUCCUCACCCUUUGCAAAUGGUAAUGAAGCACUGUUUUUAAAUAAAAGAGAAACACCA